GUUGGAGACAGCGUUCCAAAAUGGCGGCGCGCAAGGGUCGGCGGCGCACGUGUGAGACUGGGGAGCCCAUGGAAGCCGAGUCCGGCGACACAGGUUCCGAGGGUCCAGCUCAGGUCUACCUGCCGGGUCGGGGGCCGCCUCUGCGCGACGGCGAGGAGCUGGUCAUGGACGAGGAGGCCUAUGUGCUCUACCACCGUGCGCAGACUGGCGCCCCCUGCCUCAGCUUUGACAUAGUCCGAGAUCACCUGGGAGACAAUCGGACAGAGUUCCCCCUUACCCUUUACCUGUGUGCUGGGACCCAGGCAGAGAGUGCCCAGAGCAACAGGCUGAUGCUGCUCCGGAUGCACAAUCUGCAUGGGACCAAGCCACCUCCCUCAGAGGGCAGUGAUGAAGAGGAAGACGAGGAGGAAGAUGAAGAGGAGGAGGAAGAGCGGAAACCUCAGCUGGAGCUGGCCAUGGUGCCUCACUAUGGUGGCAUUAACCGAGUUCGAGUGUCGUGGCUGGGCGAGGAGCCCGUGGUUGGAGUGUGGUCAGAAAAGGGCCAGGUGGAGGUGUUUGCACUGCGGAGACUUCUGCAGGUGGUGGACGACCCCCAGGCCCUGGCAGCCUUUCUCCGGGAUGAACAGGCCCGGGUGAAGCCCAUCUUCUCCUUUGCUGGCCACAUGGGGGAGGGCUUUGCACUUGACUGGUCCCCCCGGGUGCAAGGUCGCUUGCUGACUGGGGACUGUCAGAAGAACAUCCACCUCUGGACACCCACCGACGGUGGCUCCUGGCACGUAGAUCAGCGACCAUUUGUGGGACAUACACGCUCUGUGGAGGACCUGCAGUGGUCACCAACUGAAGACACGGUGUUUGCCUCCUGCUCAGCUGACGCCUCCAUUCGCAUCUGGGACAUCCGGGCAGCCCCUGGCAAAGCCUGCAUGCUCACCACAGCCACUGCACAUGACGGAGAUGUCAAUGUCAUCAGCUGGAGCCGCAGGGAGCCUUUCUUGCUCAGUGGGGGUGAUGAUGGAGCCCUCAAAGUCUGGGAUCUGCGGCAGUUUAAGUCGGGCUCCCCAGUGGCGACCUUCAAGCAGCACAUGGCCCCCAUUACCUCUGUGGAGUGGCACCCCCAGGACAGCGGGGUCUUUGCUGCCUCGGGUGCGGACAACCAGAUCACACAGUGGGACCUGGCGGUGGAGCGGGACCCUGAGGCGGGCGACACCGAGGCUGACCCCGGGCUGGCAGCACUGCCGCAGCAGCUGCUGUUCGUACACCAGGGGGAAACAGACCUGAAGGAGCUGCACUGGCACCCACAGUGCCCGGGGGUUCUGCUCAGCACCGCUCUGUCGGGCUUCACCAUCUUCCGCACCAUCAGUGUCUGAGCCCGCCACCCAGACCCCAAGCCUUCCUCCCGCAGAGCCACAGAGCAAGUGACCUCUGCAGCCAGCCCCCGGGAGGGGCUUGUGCUGCCCACGGACGUGAUGGGUUCUGGUGGGUUUGUGUUUUCCGAAGGACAAAGGCCCCACUUUCACCAGACUUGGAUGACCAGGUGUGGCCUGAGGCAGACUUCUGACCUUUGUGGCCAGUCUCCCCAGAGACUUAAAGGGUUUUGCCACAUCUGCCCCAAGAUUGGGGUGUGGGUUCUGCCUCUGGCCUGUUGGGUGUGUGGGUAAGAGACCCCUAAGAGUCAAUAAAACCCAGUGUGAGGA